AGAGUCUUACUGGAGACUAAGACAUAAAACAGAAAUUGAGGAUUUUUGUUGUCUUUUAAAUUGAGGACUGUCUUCUUUUUGUUGGCUUUUAAAAAUAUCUGGUAGAAGAGAGGGAAAGGCUUCUUCACAGUGGGGCUAGCUUCAUUCCUCCAAAGUUACAGCUGGUCAAAAUCUGCCUUCUCGCACAGAUAUGGCAACAGGCAGCCAUCAGUUGUCAUCAUUUCAUGCCAAACAGGACUCUGGACAGCACAGAUCAUCCAAUGUGAGCAGGUCAGCAUCAACCAAGGUGGAUCUCAAGAGUGGCCUGGAAGAGUGUGCGGUAGCAUUGAACUUAUUUCUAAGUAACAAGUUUGCAGAUGCCUUAGAGUUGCUUCAACCAUGGGCUAAGGACAGCAUGUACCAUGCCUUGGGCUACAGUACCAUCGUGGUGUUGCAGGCCAUCAUGACCUUCGAGCAACAGGACAUCCAAAAUGGCAUUUCUGCCAUGAAGGACGCCUUACAAACCUGCCAAAAAUAUAGGAAAAAGUGCACAGUUGUAGAAUCUGUCUCAAGUUUUCUUUCUAGAGGAUCGUUGGAACAGAUGACUGAAGAGGAAAUGCAUGCCGAAAUCUGUUAUGCCGAGUGUCUCCUGCAGAAAGCAGCACUCACGUUUGUGCAGGAUGAAAAUAUGAUCAACUUCAUCAAAGGUGGAAUGAAAAUUAGAACAAGUUACCAAAUAUAUAAAGAAUGUCUUUCUAUCCUGCAUGUAAUUCAGAAGAACAAAAUCGAGCAACCGUUCUUCUAUGAGUUUGAAGGGGGUGUCAAACUUGGAAUAGGGGCCUUUAAUUUGAUGCUGUCCCUUUUACCAGCACGGAUUAUCAGACUGCUAGAAUUCAUAGGAUUCUCUGGAAAUAGGGAAUUGGGCCUCCUUCAGUUACGGGAAGGUGCAUCUGGAAGAAGUAUGAGGUCUCCACUAUGCUGCUUAACUAUACUAGCUUUUCAUACUUAUAUCUCCCUAAUACUUGGUACGGGAGAGGUGAAUCUUGUGGAAGCAGAGGGUCUCCUUGCACCCUUCCUCCAGCAGUUUCCAAAUGGCUCACUCAUGUUGUUUUACCAUGCUCGAAUAGAGCUCCUGAAAGGAAAUGUGGAAAAGGCACAAGAGAUAUUUCGAAAAUGCAUUUCAGUUCAAGAAGAAUGGAAACAGUUUCACCAUCUCUGUUAUUGGGAGCUGAUGUGGAUUCAUGUAUUCCAACAAAACUGGAUGAAGGCAUAUUACUACUCAGAUCUGCUUUGCAAAGAGAGUAAAUGGUCCAAGGCAACAUAUGUGUUCCUAAAAGCUGCAAUUUUGAGUAUGCUUCCAGAGGAGGAUGUAGCGGCAACUAAAGAGAAUGUGGUAGCUUUAUUCAGACAGGUGGAGGGUUUGAAGCAGAGAAUUGCCGGGAAAUCUAUUCCUACUGAGAAGUUUGCUGUGAGGAAGUCUCGACGUUACUCCGCCUCAUUGCCUGCCCCUGUGAAGCUCGUCUUGCCUGCCCUGGAAAUGAUGUACAUCUGGAAUGGUUUUCCAGUACUGUGCAAAAGAAAGGACCUUUCUGAAAAUCUGUUGUUAACUGUUGAAAAGGCUGAGGCAACUUUACAAAAUGAAAACUUCAGUGACUACUCGGUGGAUGACGAGUGCUUAGUGAAGCUGCUCAAAGGAUGCUGCCUGAAAAACUUACAGCGGCCCUUGCAAGCGGAAUUGUGUUUCAGUCAUGUUAUCCAAAGUGAAAAGCUACUGAAGUUUGACCACUACCUAGUGCCAUUUACUCUGUUUGAGUUGGCAUUUUUGUACAAAAGCCAAGGGGAGAUUGACAAGGCCCUAAAGACCCUUGAAACUGCCAGAAACAACUACAAAGAUUACUCCAUGGAGUCUAGACUGCACUUCAGAAUUCAGGCAGCUCUUCACCUCUGGAGAAAACCUUCCUCAGAUUGAUCAGAACGUGAGGAGUGGAAUUUUCUCUCCAUUAACACCGGGAUCUGCUAUAGAUUAGACCUUGUAUUAAAGUGGAAAAGUGAUCUUGUGAAUGAGAGACAAAAAGUCAAUUUUGUUGUCAAUAUUUUCUAUCAUCGGUGUGGUUUUGUUCUGUGUUGUUCAUGUAAAUUUCUCCCCCCUAACCCCACUGCUAUGGAAUAAUGUUCAAUACUAUCUAGAAAAUUCUUAUAUUUCGCCUCUCCAAAAAAAAUUUCAUACUAGAUUUGAAUUGGAGAGUGAAGAAGCCUUUUAGAGGACUCACAGGUACGAUAAAGUCUAAUUAGAUUAUUUAUGUUUUUUAAUAUGGAAGUUAAUAUUGUUUAAGUAGCAAAUGGUUUACAAGUUGAGCCAUUCUUAGAUUUGUUGGUCAGUUAAACCUCAGAUAUUUUGUUGCCUCGUAUUUACAUUUCAGAGGGGAAAAUAAAAUUGCCUACUUUCAAAAUAGCUUUCUAACCUUCUGAAGUCUCCUGAAGACAGGCAGUGGGUGCAAACGGGGAUGGAGCAAUGUAGUUAAUAGGUUGUGAUGACCUGCAUCUAUCAAAGAUGGUGAAAUACUGUUUGUUUGUUUUUUUAAAUUCUUCAUGUACGUUAAAGGUUGUGACAUUUUUGAGAGACGACCCUGUUUUUGAAUGUACUUAAGUCUAUUAUAAUAACAAAAUUAAAAAAACACAACAACUCUGUAUCUAAUGGGAAUAAAAAGUUAUAUUUUAGAAAUUAUCCGCAACCUUAGCGAUGAAAGCUUAAAAUAUCUUAUGUUGAUUAUUUUUCUUAUAGGAAGCAACAUAUCCUGCUGCUUUAAAUGAUAUGUAAAAUAUCAAUAAUUUUUACACUCUUGAUGUUGGUAAGGUCUAAUUUUAUAACCUCUCUAGCACUGUGAUGGUUCCUUGUAAAUGUCUGGACUGUGUUUAGUCCUUUAAUCUGGAAACACAAUCAGGGCACUGAGGGGAAGAGAGCCCGACUCUGUGUGGUUGGUCCUGGCCCUGCUACUGGUGAGCAGUUACCAGAGUGACCUCAAGGGAGACCCCGUGCUUGCUGCAUCCUCGUAUUUUUCUUAUCUGUGAAAUGGAAAAACAACAGAUGACUGUCAAGGUCUCUUUCUGUUUUAUAACCGUUAGUCUGUGUUUUGCGUAUUUAUUUUCACCAAACAACUGUUAAAAUGUGUAAUCCGAACGACUCCCACUUAGAGUGUGUUUUCAUUUUGCAAUCAUCACUGUCUCCCCGCCCCCUCUCCCCCCAAAAUGUAUGUUUUGUAGCUGAGGACCAGUUUACAUCCAGAGAGAGGAAAAACAAUUUGUGAAUCCAUGAGUCAGGGUUUCGUCCUAUAUCUGUUUCUAUUGAAGAAAAGCUUGUCAUGGAAGCCUCUGCCGUUUAACAGAAAGAGCCCCAGACUGGGGGUCAGGAGCCCAUCCCUGUUAGUUAAUAGUUCCUCGAUAUGGAGCAAGUCAUUCACCCUUUCUGGGACUCAGUUUCCCCAAUGGGGAUAGCACCAUAGACCUUGGUGCUGGUGAGGGCUCGAUUAGGGCAUAUCAUAUGCAGAGCUUUUUGUAAGCUGGAAGGCUAUGUGAAUAUCAGUGGUAACAUUCAUGGUUUUUAUGCACUGAUUACAGUAUCAACACAAAAAGAUCGGCUGAAUCUGUGGUCUCUGAUGUAAAAUGAGAAAAGCUUGGAAGUUCAAACACCUUUAAAUUUAUUCAUGUGUUUGGCACUGAUAGUCGCUUAGGUUAUGAAUUUGCUCCUUGCUAGUUCUUCCCUGCUCCAUGAGCCUGUACCCGGCAGGUCUCGGGUCUUAUUUCCUUUAAGGUAUUAAUUCUUGAUUAAUACUGAGGAUGUAUUUCCAAUGAAAGGUGAUUAAUACAAUUCGAGACAGAACACCACCCUAAUCUGUGCUAUUAAUACGAGUUAUAUAACUUGACUGUAGGUCUGGACAAAAGAGAAAAUAAACGGUCAUUACAAGUAGUAGUGGAAAAUACAUUUAAUCAUUAUUUUUUAUAUAAUUUGGAAAAACGUUUAUAAAUUCCUUAGAGGAGCUUUGAUGACAUUAUUUUUUUUAAAGUAUAAGCACCCACAAUGUUUUUGUGAGAAGCUGUAAGUCAGAGCAAAAGUCGGUAAAAAAAUUCUAUCUGGUAUAAAAUGAAAACAAUUAAACUAAUAGUGGUUAUUUUUUAUUUUAUUUUAACUAUAUUGCAAACAAAUAUAAAAGUUAUUCCUGUUUAGUUAAAAUUUCCUUUUAUUUUUCUUGUUUUGUUUUUAUUAUUACUUUCUAUUCUUUUUGUAGUUACCUGGUAAUGUGGGUAAUCUAUCCCACGGACUUUUAAGUGCUGUAAAACACUCAUGUUACAUAUUAAUCUGUUUCCUGCCAUGUUCAAGACACUGUUGGUGGCACCAGUUUCUUGUGACAUCAGUUCAUAUUGCGUUUUGGGAGUUAUUUUGUGAUUCAGGGUGUUCUGUGAAGAAUGAUACUGAAGUGACAAUGUUGUAUCUAAUGUUUUGAGGGGCAUAUGUGGAGGGUUGGGCUGCCAAUGUGUCUGACAGUUUGUGCAAUUUGUAUAGUUUUUGGUAUAAUUGCUUUAAAAAAAAAGAAAGGAAAAUAGAGAACCAGAGUUCUGACUGGUGCUGUGUAAAUUUAAGACUCAAGUAGAGGUUAUGCUUUUGUAGGACGGGUGACAGGGAAGGCAUGAUUUCUGUUUGACAAUUAAUGGAAGAUUAACUACAUCGGUUCUUAUAUGGACAUGUAUUUUAAUGCUUCUGUGCUUCUCCUGGAUACAAGAAGGUCCCAAGUUACAUGGGGAUAGGGAGUCUAUUGAUUCUCUCUUUCUUCUGCAAGUGGGUCCAAGCUAUUGGCGCUGAAUUCCAGAUAAUCUACGUCAAAGAUUUUAAAUCAUUGAAACAAUCUUGACAGCGUAACCAUCUCUUUUGCAAAGUUGUAGUUUAACAGAGCUACGUGAUUGUCAUUCUUACCUGGCCUGGAAGCUAAUGGUUUAACUUUGAGGUUUAACUUUGAGUCUUUGAUCAGGGCUUCAACUCAGAGAUGUAUGUAAAGGUGUAUGAGAUGUAUGAGAUGUAUGUAAAAGUGAAAACUGUCCCCUUUCAAAGAAAAGUGUUUUCUCUUUUGAAGCUACUUUUGGAGGUAGUUACUUUGUGGUAGGCACUGAUAGCCCUUCCAUUAAUACUCUGAUUCCGGUUCUCAUUCACUUAAAGGGAAUCUGUUGAUAUUUUCAAAUAGAUGUUUUUCUUCCUUUGGACAUUAAAAAUAAUAAUUAAGAAACAGUCUCUGACUAACUGGAAAAAAUUUCUGGAAUUACUCAUUAAUUCUUCAUUGGCUUUUUUCCAUAUUUUCAUUUGUUCCUAGUUAUUCUCUCCAUAUUUGUACAUCGUAAAUUCAAAUAUAUUUGGCUUAAAAUGAAUUAAUGAAGACUCCAGUGAUUGUGUUGGUGCCCUAAGAUUUUGGGAUUCAUAGCACCUGGAACGGAUCUUGAGAAAUUACCUCAUCCUUCCUAAUCUCUAAACAGUAUUGUUUCUCCUUCAGUCCUUCUCUAUCUAGUAUGGUAGCCACUGGCCACCUAUGUCUAUUGCGCACUUGCACAUAGCUAGGGGCACGUGUUGGAAUGAUGCUGAGUGUCAGGAAGCACCCAUUUACAUAUGCCGCCGUUCUAUUUAAAGGACUAAUAUUGUGCUGGAGUUCUGGCUUUUACCUACUGACUACUGUGAUCACCCAAUCACCGCGGUUGCAUUGUCAGUUGUGGUUCAAGUAUAUAUUGGUGGGGUUUGCUUUUUCCAUUUAAGUGUCCAUAAACUUGCAUUUCAUCAGGUUUGUUUUGCAGAUGAGCAAGGUCAUUGGCACAUUUGAACACUAUUCCUUACCCACUCCCCAGAGCUCCUUCUGUACUAAACUAAGAGAAUUUCAUUUUUAAGAUUACAAUUUUAAUCAGGCUUUAAAGAUAUUGCUUGCUUUUUUUUUUUCCAGAUGCAACAGCACAAACUAACUGUUAGAGUUGUAGAGGAAGUAACUCUCACCUUUGAGAUGUUAGUAGUUUUAUGAUUAAAAUAAUAUUUUCUAAGAUUAACAUUAUUCUGAAACAAUCAAUUCCCUGACCUUUCAAUCCCGUUAUAUUAUUAAUAUUUCAACAUUGACCCAGCUAGGCCAGUAUUACUAUUUAAAGAUUUUAAUUACCCAUUUACAGAAUAAUUUGGCAGAUAGUUUAUUUAAGCUUAUGUAUUUUAUGCCUUUGCUACCUAUUAUUAAUAUUUUUAAUGUGUGAAAUGCAUACAUAUUUAAUAAGAGAAAUGCAUACAUAUAACUGACAUUUUAAUCUCUUUAGACAUUUGUUGAUCAGAUACAUAGCUAGGAAACAGCUUCCAAAAUAUUAAAUAGACAAUGCUUUAUAUUAUUCUUUCAGGAGUACAGGACUUUUUCCAGAUUGUUUCCCCUUCCCCAGACCAAUUAUUUACAUAUUUUUUUUCUUUAUAUAUCAGAUUGCUUCUCAUUGUGGUACUUUUUGUCUGUUAUACAUCUUCUUAGAUUUAGUUACUUCAGAAUGUUGAACUUGAAAUGUAAUGAAAAGGACACAUCAGAAGUUACCAUGAAGGAGAUUAUGUUCGGUGUUGAGCAGUAGCUGUCUGACCUGGAUGGUGCUAAAGUCCAUUCCAGUCUGUUUAUAACAUCAUAACUACAGAAAGAAAUGGUGCAAGGACUAUUUAGUGGAUUGAAAAGACCGAGCAGUUCUUGGCCUAAUCCACCCAAAGGGAUUUGUGGAUCUAGCUUUGGAGGAAGUCCAACCCCCAUUCUGUCGAGUUUACAAAUGUGUCAGCACAGUAAUACUGUGAUGUGAGUUUGCAUGGAACAAUCAAAGCAGCCACCUUACUUAUAAUUCAGUCUGCCUACAGAUUGGAUAUUUAAUAGGAAAACGCGAGAUACUUUAAUAGCAAGCUUCAUUAGGUAAAACUUGCAUAUUAAUAUACAAUAUACCCUGUAUGUUAAUCCAGUAGUUCUUAGAAACCUAUAACUUAAAUGAUGAAUAUAAGGGAUGCUGGCAUACCCCGUGGGAGCUUUUGUUUUAUAGCUACUUAGUAUUUUCUGGUAAAUUGGUUUUAAUUAUUGGUAGUCUGUUUGGUACCACUUAGGAAAAAAAGUUGGUCUCAGUGUAACAGAACUGAUACAUCAUUUCAGUUUUAAAGGAAUUAUAUUAUUUUGAAAUGCUGGAAAGUCUUCCUCAAUUAGAAGUGAUGACCCUCCCUACUUUGGAAAUCAUGCAAACAUUUUAAUUAAUUCUUAUCUUCAUUGAAGCCAAGUGUUCAGGUGGCAAUUUGGGGUAUAGUAAAUGAGUUUAAACACUUUUCGUUAAUUCACUUUUUCCUGAAGUGAUUUUAUUCUUCAUAGUAGACAAUUGGCUUUCUGUACAAUGAUUUGUUUUUUUAAGAAAAUAAUUUACAUUAAAAGAGAGAUUAUAGUAAACAUUAUAAAUCGUAGGAUAUCGAGUUAAUGGCUUAAGGGGAAGCAGUACUAUUGGGUUCUGUUUAACUAAGAUUUCCAGAAGGAGGACACAUGUGUUUCACUGAUAUAUGCCGUCCAGAAAAAUUACUUGACUCUCAACAAUAUUUUGCAUUUUAAUGAAAUGUUAAGAGGAAAAUUUUCUGAGUAGUUAAUUAUUUAUUUUUUCCCCUUUGCUAACUAUUGACAUCCAAACACCUGAAUGAAUACCAGAUGACUCAUUUGUAUACUAGUGUUUAGAAUAUUUUAUUUGCAAAUGUUCACCGAACUCUUGAAUUUUUUGAUGCAAGUUGCUAAAUCAUAUGUAAAGGCAAAUAUAUAUAUUUAAUAAGUGAGAGUGUUAUUUUAUUACUGAAAUUUAUUUCCAAAUCAAAUUUAUUUUGUAGGUACUUCACUUGGGACGUUUUGCUUUGCCUUAAAAUACACAAACAAAAUAAACCUGUCUUGUGAUCCGAUCACCUAAAAAUCCUUAUGUUACCUUGUCGUGUAGGGGAAUUUUGAAAUUCUUUGAUAAUGUGUAUUUUUCACUUUUCUUUGAAUUAAAAAUAGUUAAAGGCCAUAGUAAAUCAAUGUAUGGUUUCCUGUUGAAUUAUCAAAACUACCUGUAUAUACUUUGUAAUUCAAUGUUUUAUUAGUAAAAAUUGUCAGCAUUUUAUCUCACUCAUUACAUUUGAACUUAGUCUUCUGUAUUUCCCAUUCCCAGGGGACACAGUUUUACAGAGCAAAACAUUUUUAGAAAUUGAAGAUGUGUGAGUUCUAUGUAAGAUAAAUGUGUCAGUAGCAUCCAUCUGCUGAUGGUAUUGGAUCUGGUACCAGAAAGUGAAAUAGAUUAUAGCUAUAAAAGCAUUUUAUCAGUAUAAGUCAGGAAGGAAGAAGAAAACUGUGAACUCAUAUUUUUAAUAUAAAAACUGUGUUCCCAAUGAGUAUUUGCUUGCUGAUUUUGUGUUAAGAUUCUUAUCAUCUAUGAUUUGUAAGCUAAUGCUGAUAAGAGAUCUAAAUUUUCAUCCGAAGAGAACAGUUCCUGUAGCCUAUUUUUAACGUUAAGACAUUUUGAAAACAGAUGUCAUCUUAGAAAUUGUAUUUUCAAGUGCAAACAAAUCAUCCCAACUUGAAAGUCAAUGUUUCAUUUUUUAUUCUUUAGUUUUAUAGAAUACUCGGCAUUAUUAGAUGCAUGUUUAAGUUGCCAGAUGUUCUCAGAAUUCUAUAUUUUCAUAUUGCUACGACUGGUUUACCUACAAUGUGCACUUGAAUUGUAAUUUAAAUAAAUUACA